UAUGAAAUGGAGGAGGAGGAAGAGGACGAAGAUGACGACGACGACGAAGAGGACGAUCUUGAUAUGGUGCUGGAGGAGGAAGAUGAUGACGACUACUGAAUUUACAUUCAGUUAGCACAAGUGAACUGUUUAGGCACUUCUGAUUCUUAAGGUCAGUAGUGUUUGGUGCUACUGAAAGAGAAGUCUGAAAAAUCAUGCUGUCAUGCUGCCAUGUGUUUGUGCUGGUGCUGUGUCUGUCUGCGGCUGAGGACUUCGACUGGACAAAGAACGACCAUGACUCCUUCUAUUAUGGCACUUUUCCAACUGGAUUUUCGUGGGGUGCCGGCAGUUCAGCCUACCAGACAGAAGGAGCUUGGGACAAGGAUGGCAAAGGACUGAGUAUUUGGGAUGUGUUCUGUCAUAAGAAGGGAAAUGUCUUAUUUAACAACACUGGAGACUUCUCAUGUGAAGGCUAUUAUAAAGUUAAAGAUGAUGUAUCCCUGAUAAAAGAACUCAGUCUGAAGCACUAUCUCUUCUCCAUCUCCUGGCCUCGUGUCAUUCCCACCGGGAUCAGGUAUGACUAUGUUAAUGAGAAAGGACUCAAGUAUUACGAUACCCUUAUUGACCAACUGGUGGAAAAUAAAAUCACUCCUAUUGUGACCCUGUAUCACUGGGACCUUCCACAGGUUUUGCAGGAGAAAUUUGGAGGCUGGCAGAACAUCAGCAUGGUGAACUACUUUAAUGACUUUGCCAGUCUUUGUUUUGAAAGAUUCGGAAACAGAGUGAAACACUGGAUCACUUUUAAUAACCCAUGGUCAGUAGCAGUAGAGGGCUAUGAAACAGGAGAACAUGCUCCAGGCCUAAAGCUCAAAGGCACAGGGGCCUACAAGGCUGCUCACCACAUCAUCAAGGCACAUGCUAAGGUUUGGCACACAUAUGAUCGUCAGUGGCGAAGCAAACAAAAUGGUUUGUUGGGGAUCUCACUGUCUGGAGACUGGGGAGAACCGGUGGACAUUACCAACCCUAAGGACAUAGAGGCAGCUGAGAGAUAUGUCCACUUCUACAUGGGCUGGUUUGCAACACCCAUCUUCCAUGGAGACUACCCCCAGGUCAUGAAGGACUUCAUAGGUAGGAAGAGUUCUCAGCAGCGGUUGGGAACAUCUCGACUUCCCACCUUUUCUUCUCAGGAGAAAGGUUACAUCAAAGGCACGUGUGACUUCCUAGGAGUAGGGCACUUCACCACACGCUACAUCACUCAGAAGUCGAUCCCUUCAUACCAAGGUAGCUCUUACUACACAGACCGAGACCUGGCUGAGCUGGUGGACCCACGCUGGCCUGAUCCUGGCUCAGAAUGGCUCUACUCUGUGCCUUGGGGCUUCCGACGUCUGCUAAACUUCAUCAAGACUCAGUAUGGAAACCCCACAAUCUACAUCACUGAAAAUGGAGUAUCUGAGAAAAUGAUGUGCACGGACUUGUGUGAUCACUGGAGGAUCCAGUACUAUAAGGAUUACAUCAAUGAGAUGCUGAAAGCCAUCAGAGAUGGAGUGAAUGUGAAGGGCUACACCGCAUGGUCUCUGCUGGAUAAGUUUGAAUGGGAUGAAGGCUACUCGGAGAGAUUUGGUCUGUAUUAUGUAGACUUUAAGAAUAAGAAUAAAACCCGUUACCCCAAGGCCUCCGUUCAAUACUACAAACGCAUCAUCAGCUCCAACGGAUUCCCUAAUCUUAGAGAGGUUGAGAAGUGGAAGAGGAAUGCUGCAGAGAUGUGUGCAUCCAGCAACCGGCUCCUGGCUGCAGAGGAACAGAGAAGUACAGCGGCCAAUAUUCUAAGACUUAUUUAUGAUCCCUUGACCAGUCACAUGGAGAUGGUAACAGAGAUAGUCGUGCCCACUGUGUGCACACUCUGCAUUCUUAUCACCGCACUAUUUCUGAUGUUUCUCCUUCGCAAACGCACCUAGCAGAGAAAAAAAGAACUGAACACAACCACACAUUGGUAUAUUUCUAACAUAUUCUACAAAAAAAAUAUAUUAACACAGUGUCUAUGGGUGUUCUCAAGCUAAAUAUUAUACUUUUUAAAGCCCAAUUUGGAGUGAUGAUGAUACACCACAUCUAAAUGCCCUUGCAUGGUGUGUGGCAAGGGAUAAAUCUCUGUUUCUAAUUGAUUAAGUUUUGAAAACUAGAACUGUCUCUAUUGCAAAUAUCUCAAGCACAAGUUCAGUUCUAGCACAUGACAGUUUGUUUUCCUCAAGUGAAUUAGCAGAAAUAGCAUUUAAAAGAUUCUAAUGACACUUAACGCUAACAUGCUGACUGUCUAAAAGUAAACACUAUUUGUUGGUUUUAUUUGCAUUUAAUUUAAUAUGUAAAAAAUAAAAAUAUACAAAUAAUAAUUCAUGACAAUUUAUCCGUCGGUCUCCCUUGUUUCAUUUCCAGGGAUAAAUGUCAGCCACUGAAUUUGACUGCUGAAUAAUUGCCCAUUAUAUUCGAUUCCCAUUCUUUAUUAACAUUUAAACAUUACAACAUUUUCUGCUGCCAUCUCAUCUCUACAGUGGCAGUAUGUAUCUCUACAGAGCACAUGUGCAAUGCAAAUAAUUUGCCAGCUGGUGGAUUGGUUACAAACUGUCCUUUUUGGUGUGGCAUGUAACCAACUUGAUCAAA